CCAGUUACUACGCCGCGCUAACAUAACUAAAAAUUCCAUACAUAUCACGCCAAGCGGGACCGAUAAACGAAACUUAAAAAAGGAGAGAAAAAGAAAUGUCUUCAUCGUCUAAUAAAUCAUAUUCCCUUCAAAUAGCUGAAAGAUUUCACAACGCUACCGGCAAAGAUCAACUCAAUCGCAUAUGCCUCGGAGGCUUCGUACUAGAAUCGUCAUGGGUCGCGGUCGUUGAGAAGAGACUGUCGAAAAUGCCACCUCAUGACGUGAGGAGAGCUGUGCUUAAAGCGGGUAUUCGUUGGACGGCGUUAUAUUUUGGUACCAGCGCAACAUUGAAAUGGGCUGAGCGAAAGGUCAAGCAGUCUGAGGAAGGUCGGUCUUAAAACCGAGUGGGUAUCUUGAAGGAAGUCCCCCUCGUAUGGGCGUUUAUAGACCGACCGUAUAACGUCGUCGUCAUUUUAUACCUUUUUUCGUCAUGCAUGAACCAUGGUUGUAAGGGCGUCGGUAUGCCAACGCAUCUGGGUACUAUGUUGUUUCUUGAGAAUACAUCUACAUCGGGGCGUCUGCGAGUAUUCCGAGUUUAGUUUCGAGUUAGCGGAAGGCUAUUGCUUAUGCACAUUCAUGUCUAUAAAAUCAAUUCCAGAGAAGGGGGCCAAGUAACAAUGAUAACAACAACUUGGGGAUAAACUCUACUCAAUCGAAUCAAGUACAUAUUGAAUGAUGCGAAGAAACAUCGUAUAAGCAGAUGGGAGCAUUAUUAAAGAUUAUUAAAGAUGACGAGAUACUGCAGUAUAAAUUGAUCACUGUAAAACAAUCGGUUAUAGAAGGGUUAAUGGUUGAACAUCCGCGAGUUAUCAUAAUACCAAGCUAGGUGAAGAUAUCGUCAAGUUGUGUGGAAUUGCGGC